AUGAGCACGCCCAACACGCCUAACGGCUCAGUUGUCGAGCACUCGCGCGCCGCCGUCGUCCUCCCUCGUCCCGCUCGCGUUCCGGACGAGCUCGUCCUCAUGGUCGUCGACUGGUGCGACAAGCUCGGCAAGGACCGCCUCAAGACCCUGUCGGCCCUCGUGCGCCUCGCCAAGCGCUUCAAUAACGACGUCGAGCGGCGGCUGUACUCGCGCGUCACUAUCUCGGACGAGCUGAGCAUGGAACCCUCCUCGCACGGCGCCGUGCGCUACGUGCUUGUACGGCGACCCAGCCUGCGCCGCCUCGUUCAAGCGGUCGAGCUCAGCUCGCUGCGUCGGUACCGCUCUGGCGGCGCGGUGGACGGCGUCGUCGCGCAAGUGCUGGGCGACCUGCCCGCCGUCAGCGAGAUCACCUGCCACUGGGACGCGGACGUGCUCGACCUCUUCAGCCUCAUCCGCGACCGCCCAGCGGCCUUCGCGACGCUGCACAGUCUGCGCGCGCAGACGGCCUACCUGCUCUACGGCAUGCCCACCUUCGGCUUCAGGAUCGGCCUCAAGACACUCGAGCUCACCGACAUCGAGGGCAACCGCCAGCUCGGCGCGCUCACCUCGUCGUUCGCCAACAUCCUCACGCGGCUCAGCCUGUCGGUGUCGGCCAGCGUCGCGACGUGCGACCCGGCGCUGUACCCUUCGCUCCAGCACCUGAGCCUGUCGAGCGACGACGUCGAGCUCGAUAUGGUCCGCCGGGCGACCUCGGCCGUCGUCACCUUCCUCAAGGCCGCCGCCACGUCAGCGAGCCUCCUCUCGUUCGAGUGGCAGUGCACCAUCGCGCCUUCGGACGGCGGCGUCCCGAGCGACGAGGCCGACCCGACGCCCGCCGCCCCCUUCCCGAUCACCAACGCCAUCCUCGCCGCCGUCCCACGCCAGAUCCGCCACCUCUCCCUCCUCACCGACUGCUUCGCCCCAGCCGACGUCGCCGCCUACCUCGGCGACGACGCGCAGCGCCCGCCGCACCUCGCGACGCUCCGCAUCGGCGGCGCGCUCGGGCGCGGGCUCGGGCGCAUCCUCGGCGGCGAGGGCGAGGUCGGGGGAGAGGGCGGCGAGGGCUCGUGCGGCGCGCUCGCGGGCGUGCUCGAGCGCGCAGGCGUCGAGGUGACGACGGUUGAGUGA